GCGACAGCAGCGUCUUUGGUUAUAAGCAGGUCAGACCGGCUGAAAUAAGACUUAACGGGGAGGUGUUCAUAUUGAAAAUGUCAGUUUCAUCUUCACACAGCUCGGAAACACCGAGCCUUAGGAGGAGGCCGACUGAACAUACACAAGAUCCUCCAUGGCAACAUGAUCCCCAGGCAGGCUUUAAUCAAGAAACAAGUCAUGACCAUUUGUGUGGGAGCCAUCUUAAUUCAGCAGACAGUUGCCCUUCAUUUUCACAUCACUCUGUGUGUCCUGUCCUGUGUCAAACUAAAUGCAUAUCUGCACACACAUGUCCAAGCCACCAUGCCUGUGAUGACAGCUGGGUGGAGAUCCAAAGCAAGAGAACCAUCAGAGCAGAGAACGAAGUGGAAGCCAACAAGCUGGUUAACAAUUACAGGUUUGGGUUCAGAAAAUGGAAAAGUCAUGUGACAGAGCGUCCAUUUGAAGACCGAUCAGAGGUGGUGAAAGAGCUGUACUCUGAACUGAAGGUCAUCAAACCACAUACAGGUCAUCUCAUCACGUGUGGAAAUGUAGCGUAUGUGUUUCUCUUUGGUUGGUGGAUCUCUCUGGUGUAUUUCCUGGUCAGCUUGCUGAUGUUCAUCACUAUCACCGGAGUUCCUUACGGCAAGCUUUGCUUGAAGCUGUCCUCCUAUUUUCUGUGGCCGUUUGGCAAAUCAAUCCAUGAGAUUGGAAAUACAUUGAGGAGAUGUUGUGAGCUGGCACCAGACUGUGAGUGUAACAUGGACGGGACAGACGAUAACUCACCAGUUCUGCUGCCUUCCCCCACAGAGAUGCCAGUCCCACAGUUUUCAGGACAACUUCAGCGAACUCCUUACUGGCAUCGUUUCGCCACAUAUGUGUGGCUGCUGCUCGGUUAUCCUCCUCUGGUGCUCGUUCACUCCCUGGCCUGCUUCCUUUCAUGGAUCCUGGUCUUCACCAUCCCUGUUUCCAAGAUGAAUGCUCGAACCAUGGGUGUCAUUCUUCUUUUGGCCCCUGAGGAUGUCUCCGUUUCCUCAUGCUCACAGAGAAAGCAUCAAGGCUUCGAGUCCAGAGCUCUGCUUUGCUGCUACCAUGCUGUUAACUGGUACUACUACAAAUACACUGUUGAUGGCAUCAAUGUAUUUGCUGUCAAUCUUCUCCCUUUAGUAAUAGUUGCCAUGGUAAUCGGAUAUAUUGACAGAGAAAACCUGUAUGCAAGCUCUGAUGUCAAGUUUGCUAUAGCAGUCUGCUCCAUCAUUCCUCUGUCUUAUUAUAUUGGAAUGGGCAUUGCCAGUAUUUCAGCACAGAGUAACUUUGCUGUGGGUGCAGUGGUGAACGCAAGCUUCGGCUCCAUCACAGAGUUGACCUUUUACAUCACAGCCCUGAUCAGAGGUCACCGGGCAGGAAAUCAGUGUCUGCAGGAGGUGGUUAAAGCAGCACUGACCGGCACUUUGCUUGGAUGCAUCCUCUUUAUUCCUGGAAUCUGCAUGAUAAUUGGAGGGCUGAGACACAGUGAGCAAACAUUCAACAGUCGAUCCACAGGAGUGAGCUCUGCUUUGCUUUUCAUCUCUGUAGGAGGUGUGUUUGCUCCAACGCUGUUCUCCAAAGCGUAUGGAAAUCUAGUGUGUGACGCCUGCACUAACUCCACCCUUGGAAAUGGCACGAGCAACAGCAGCGGACCAUUUGUCUGCCACAACUGUCACUACGAUCUGAACAACGGCACAUUGUUUCACAACCAUGUCCAGCCGCUGGUGUACACACUGUCUGCCCUCUUACCUGCUGCCUACAUCAUCGGUCUGAUUUUCACGCUGAAGACGCACUCACACAUUUAUAACAUUCAAGUUGGAGAAGGACAGGAGAGUGACCACCAUGGAGCCGUGGUCCACUGGUCACGCUGGAGGUCUUUGGUCAUCCUCAUUUUGGCCACCCUGCUCACGUCUGCAUGUGCUGAUCUUGUCACAGAGCACAUCCAGCCCAUUCUCAACCAGCCCAACAUCUCUCAGUAUUUUAUAGGAGUGACAGUUCUUGCGAUGGUUCCUGAGAUCCCAGAGAUAGUCAAUGGGAUCCAGUUUGCACUUCAAAACAACAUCAGUCUAAGCUUGGAGGUGGGGAUCUGUAUAGCGGUUCAGGUCUGCAUGCUACAGAUUCCAAUCCUGGUCUUAUUUAACGCUUUCUACGAUGUGGGCUUUGUGCUGUUAUUCAGUGACCUUCACCUCUGGGCCAGCAUCUUCAGCGUGAUCCUCGUCAAUUACAUCUUCAUGGACGGAAAAUCUGAUUAUUUCCAGGGUACUGCUUUGGUGAUCGUCUACUUCAUUCUUCUGGCUCUGUAUUUCUACGCUCCGUCUCCUGCAGGCUGCUGACUCUAUGACUGACACUUUACAGCUCCAGUAACACUUUUUGAGUCCUGCAGGAUGCUGGAUGUAUAAAUAGGGAAGUUUUAUCCUGACAGGAAGCAAAUCCUUAACGUUUACUGAAAUAUACUUUGUCUGCACUGAAAAUGUUAAUCUUUAGCGGAUAUUUGACUGCACUAUUUCACUCCUACUUCUCUAAACAGCAGUCUGUAUGUUGAAAUGUCUGUUCUUUAUGAAAUGUGAUUAAACAGAGAAAAGCAGUAUUUUUACACAGGAAUGGAUAUUACACUGCUCUGUGAUCUGUACUAAUGGUUAUUUUAUUUCCUGUACUGUUUUAUACAUAUUUUUAACUCCUAAAUGUAAAGAAAAUCCAUAAUACUACAAGUAACAAGAUAAAUGACAGUAUUUUUAAUGUAAAUGCACAGCACCUUCCUUACAGGUUAAGUGGCAUGCUGACUGUGCUGAGAAAGAAAAAUAACACCAUUUGAAAAACUG